AUGGAAGCCAGCGAGCCGGAUGACUCCAGCGACUUCAAGCUGGCGCUCACACUCCUCAGCAUUGCCGUGCUGACAUUUCUCUCCCAGACCUUCACAGGUCUCAAUAUCGGCUUGAUGUCCUUGGACACGGCCCAGCUCAAGGUGCUCAUCGACGUCCCAAACAAGGACGAGGCAGCCAUGGAAGCGGCGAGGUAUGCGAGAAAGAUCCUGCCGCUGAGACAGAAGGGGAACCUGUUGCUGUGCACCAUCCUGCUCGGCAACACAGCCGUGAAUGCAGCCAUGGCACAGCUGAUGGCAGACUACGCUGGUGGCCUGGUGGGUUUUCUGCUGACCACGGCCAUCAUCGUCAUCCUUUGUGAGAUUGUGCCGCAAUCCGUGUGCACCCGGCACGGGCUCUUCUUAGGGGCCGCGGGUUCGCCCAUCAUACGCGUGGCGAUGAUCCUGUUCUACCCCAUCACCAAGCCGUAUGCACUGGUUUUGGACCGCCUCUUUCCGCAGCGUGAGAACAUGCUGGACAGGAGUCAGCUACAGGCGCUGGUGGAGUACCAGAAGAGUGCGGCCCCAGGCAUGCUGGCAGAGGGCCAGGCUGAAAUGCUCAUAGGCGCCUUGGGUAUGGCCCAGAAGACGGUCUCCGAGGUGAUGGUGCAGCUGGAAAGGGCCUGCUCCCUCAGCCCCGAGGAUGUGCUGGACUAUGCCUACGUUGCGCAGGUGAUCCAGAAGGGCUUCAGCCGGUUCCCGGUGGUGGACAAAACCGGGCAGGUGGUGGGCCUGUUGCACUGCAAGGAUCUGCUGUCCUUGAGGGAGCCGGAGCACGAUCACUUAGAGGAGAUCCGGGGCAGAUCCGCCACGGUGGGGGAGUUGUUGGCCGCUCUAAAGGAGGCGGGCAGGGAGAGGCAAGUCUUUGUGUGUGGCAAGAAUACCACCCUCAUGGCCUUGCUUGCUGAAUUCAAGCGUCGCCCACACCUGGCGGUCGUCGCGGACUCGGAAGAGCCCGGCGAGGCGCCAGAUGCGAAGCACGUGGGCAUCGUAACACUGCACAAUAUCUUUGGCACCAUUUUGCAAGCGCAGGUGGGCUUUUCAGAGGACAGCGGCGCCGCAGCGAGCCCGCGGCGGCAUCAACAAGCCGGCGCCCUGCACCUCUUCGAUCGGCAUCGGCUGGAGAGCAUGGCUGCGAGCUCGGAGCAGUUGGGCGAGGACGAAGCUGGAGCGGUGAUGUCCUUUCUGGUGGCAACUUUGCCGAAGAUCUUCUCGCAGCAGCACAUCGACUCUGCGGCCAUCACAGCUCUCUUGCGGGAGACGCGGCCCAGGUACAUCCCGAAGCGCACGGAGCUGUACAGAGCGGGGCAGGAGACGACGGUGGUGACUCUGGUGCUCCAAGGCGCCUUCCAUCUCACCAGCGGGGCGGACAGCUGCGAGAGCACCUGCGGCCCCUGGGCGUGCCUCGGGCUGUCGCUGCUGUCCAAGAGCGAGAAGUACACUUCAGACUUCACGGCUGUUGCCCUCACAGACGCCUUUGUUCUGCAGAUUGAGCAGCAGAAGUACUUCGCAGCAUGCAAGACAGGUCCAGCCAUUUGGACGUCCUGGCCUGACACCAGGAAGUUCUCGCGAGCCACGCCAGAUUUCCAAUGGCCAUGCCGAUCCAACCUCGGCACCAACGAGCGCCCGGCCCCAUGCUUUGUUUCGCGAAUGGCGCGGCUGCUGCGGGUGCCGGUCGCGCAGGCCUUCGUGGGCCACCAGUGGCGCGCCUUCCUCCCGCUGGCCUCGUCGGGCGCCCGCGUGUCGGGUGACUUGGACCUCGCUGGGCUGGCGGAGGGCGGCGAUGAGGCCUGGGCGCGCUUCGAGCAGCAGGCGGUGGCGGGCUGCGGCGCCUGGCAGGGCCGCGAGAUUGUGCAGGUGCUGCACGCCUGUGCGCGUGCGGGCCGCCGCCCGCGGAGGUUGCUGGAGCAGCUGGGGAAGGAUAUCCCCGAGAAGUUGCCGCAGCUCGAGACUUCCGCGCUGUGCGUGUGCCUGCACACCUUUGCCCAGCUGCGGUCGCGGGACACAGCCCUGUUCAAGGUCAUCACGCGGUACCUGCUUCGAGAGGAACGAGCGCCAGAACUGACCGCAGCCCACGUGGCGUCUUUGCUCUAUUCCCACGUGCGGAUGCUGCACUCGGAGAAAGGCCUUCUCAGGCUGGCGCAUCUGCGCCUCUCCGAGGACGCCUGGGGCGUCUCGGACCUGGCCACGGCGCUGCAGGCCUUGGCCACGCUCCGCGGCUCGGAAGGCGCCGACAAUGUCCGGCUCUCCACGGCCAGCGCGCGGGUGGUGGCGCGGGAGGCGCCGCAGGCGCCGCUGCCGCUGCUGGGGGACCUGCUGGAGGCCUCUCUGCGCCUGAGCAUACCCUGCCGGGUGCUGCAGCAAGGCUUGAUGACCCGCUGCCAAGAACGGCCCGAAGAGCUUGCAGACCUCCCCGUUGAAGUCCUCGUCAAGCUGCUGAGUUGCCUGGGUGGUGUGGAAUCCGCGGACGAUGCGUGCCAGGUGCUGGUGGCGCAGUUGUCGGGCCGUGUGCCGGAGUUGGACCACCCCAGGCGUUUGGUGCAGGCGAUGGACGCCUUGGCCAAGGUUCAGGUCUUUCAGGAAGACCUGUUGAAGUCCAUCGGCAGACAGAUCGCCAUUCACAUGGUGGACUUCAGCCCCAAGGACGUGGCCAGCUGUGCCUCCGCGUGCCAGCGAUUGCUGGUGCAGGACGGCGCCGUGCUGGAGGCUAUGGCGAGACAGGGCCUCCGCAGCGGGCGGAGGUUCAAGCUGCCGUACGUUCAGGCGGUCGUCCGCGCCUGCCGCACCGCCGGCUUCGAGCAUCCCGUGGUGGUGGAGCUCUUGGAAGGCAUGCAGCAACAGCAGAGGGCUCGGGAGGAGCGGGAGAGUCAAGAGAAGCCGAGUGCCAAGGUGGACUGGGAGUCUUUGGAGGAGGAGCCCAUGUUCGACAAGCCGGUGCUCGGAGAGGCUCCUGCUGUCGAGCCAGCUGCAGGCCCAAAGAUGAGCCCCAUGGAGGCCCUUCACGACGGCCAUUCUUGGAGACGAGAGCGGCGGCCGGUGGAGGAUCCAGACGCAAGGAGUGCAGCCAUGCUCGAGGACAAGGACAUCCGGCGCAUAAUGGCCGACGUGGAGCGGCGCGUCCUGAGGCCUGCGGGCCUCAAGAGCCGCGCGCUGGAGGGACGGCGGAACAGGAAGUGACGGAGA